AUGGAAGAACCACAACCUGGUUUUCGUUUCUACCCAACAGAAGAAGAGUUAGUUGGCUUCUAUCUACACAACCAGCUAGAAGGACAAAAGCUAGAAGACAUCAAUAAAGUCAUCCCUGUCAUUGAUAUCAAUGGCAAAGAGCCCUGGACUCUUCCAACAUUUGCAGGGGAACGAUGUCGUGGAGAAACGGAGCAAUGGUUUUUCUUUUCACCAAGACAAGAAAGAGAGAUGAGAGGAGGAAGACCCAACAGAAUAACAUCUAGUGGAUAUUGGAAAGCUACUGGUUCUCCUAGCUAUGUUUACUCUUCGAGCAACAAAGUGAUUGGGAUAAAGAAAAGCAUGGUGUUUUACGAAGGGAAAGUUCCUAAUGGAAGAAAAACUAAAUGGAAGAUGCAUGAAUAUAAAGCCAUUGAACACUUUGACUCACCUAAUACAAACCCUCCUAAGUUGCGACACGAAUUCAGCUUGUGUCGCAUUUAUGUGAUAUCCGGAGGUUUUAGUUCAUUCGAUCGUCGACCAUUAGAGAUACCAAGAGUGGAGUUACAACUUGAUCAUAGUGCUUCAACAAGUUCUCAACAAGUGGUAUCAGAGAUUGAUGAAUCAAAUCUGCAUGAAACUUCCCACUCCGAAGGAGUAGGAAGAGAUCAUGACGGUGUUCUUAUGGGAGGGUCAAGUGGUACAAAUUGGAAUGAUGUAGCAAAUAACGGGGUUGAUGAAUCUGAACCUCUUUGGGAAUGGGAACAACUAAAUUGGAUCUAA